UAGUUCCUCUUUACUGCGGUGGUGACUGCAACAGCCAUACCUAUUAUUUGUCCGCUAACUGUAGUUUCCCUCAAGUGCCCCACCCUUCAGUGUUCAAGGCCGUGGAACUGCCUGCCUUUGAGGGGAACAUACUUUUCUCUCGCUGGCUUCUCUUAAACUUUUCUUAUACAUUUACAUCAUCUUUAAAAUUCUUAUCUUCUCUUUAUUUACCCUUUUGUCUUCUAAACAUUACUAUUUUUAUCCCUUAAGCGUAUAAAGAUUCCAUUAUAGUGAAUAAUUUCUAGCGAUUAUAGCUUCUGAAACAAAAAUAUCGUCCAAAAUUCCUAGCUGUGGGCGGGAACAGAUUCAGGAAGGUGUGUGUGUUCCUUGCUGCUUUCCAGGAUACUAAGAGUUUCAGCGCUUUCCCAAGAACACUGAAUUCAUGGUGGGUGACGGUGGUAGCACUAAUGAUUAGUAAAUUCCCGGUAGGUCAGUAACUGGGCUAGCAGCCAUGCAGGAUGGCACAGAAUUUUGCAUAAGACCUAUAUACGCCAAUAAAUACAGCUCAGAAAAAUACAACACCAACAAAGCGCCGGCCAGAGCUCGCGUUUCUUGUGCUCCCUACUCGCCAUUCUCCUGCGUUGCUCAUCUCUUCCCUCCUCCACGAGAACCCACAUCAUAAUUUCCUCGUGUCUGGUGGACUAGAUGUGGUACCCGCAGACCACGCGCCGCGCCUGCGCACAGCGUCUUCUCGCGUGAACGCCCUGCGGUGGCCGCGGACUCCCUGCCCAUCCGGAGUGCCUGGCCGGUGGCCGGCAUAAGCCACCCUCCGCGUCCUCAUGGAACCGGGUACCACCCUGCUCUCCCGAAGCACAUCCCUCCUCCCGUCGUCGGGGCCGCACAGGAACUGGUGCGCGCCACCUCACAACAGUUAACACCCAGGAACCCGGCGCAGGAAGGUGCCGCCCGGAGGAACCGAGCCGGGGGGGCGGGACUAGGCCGGAGUCCACGCCUCGCGCCAGAUCCCGGUCUCCCAUUGGCCCGCAUGCCUGUCCGUCCGCCCGGUACUGGCCCGCGCCUCUUUCUCCGCUACCUCUGCGCGUGUGGGGCGGUCCCCCCCGGCAGAGCGAGCCGGAGCUGGCGCCGGCUGCCGGGAGCCUACGGGAGGCCGGGAGAGGCGGCGCCAGGGUCGAGCAUCACGGGCUGUAGCACCGCGGCCUCUCUGCCUGCAGCACCACCUGGCGCGGGCCAGGGUCCGGUGAGAGAAAAGAUGUUUUCCCGGGUAAGAGCCGUUGUCACUCCUUGUACUUUGACAUGUCGUCAUUUGCACCUGAAGGAGAAAGGCAAGCCACUCAUGUUGAACCCACGAACAAACAAGGGGAUGGCGUUUACGUUACAAGAACGACAAAUGCUUGGUCUUCAAGGACUUUUGCCUCCCAAAAUAGAGACACAAGAUAUUCAAGCCUUACGAUUCCAUAGAAACUUGAAAAAAAUGACUAGCCCUUUAGAAAAAUACAUCUAUAUAAUGGGCAUACAAGAAAGAAAUGAGAAACUGUUUUAUAGAAUACUGCAAGAUGAUAUUGAAAGUCUGAUGCCAAUUGUAUAUACACCAACAGUUGGUCUUGCCUGCUCCCAGUAUGGGCACAUUUUUAGAAGACCUAAGGGGUUGUUUAUUUCAAUCUCAGACAGAGGUCAUGUCAGAUCGAUUGUGGAUAACUGGCCAGAAAACCACGUUAAGGCUGUCGUGGUGACUGACGGAGAGAGAAUUCUGGGUCUUGGAGAUCUGGGUGUCUAUGGGAUGGGGAUCCCCGUUGGGAAGCUUUGUUUGUACACAGCAUGUGCAGGAAUACAGCCCGAGAAAUGCCUGCCUGUGUGUAUCGACGUGGGAACUGAUAACAAAGCACUAUUAAAAGAUCCCUUUUAUAUGGGCUUGUAUCAGAAACGAGAUCGUUCCCAGCUGUAUGACGACCUGAUUGAUGAGUUUAUGAAGGCGAUUACUGACAGAUAUGGACGGAACACACUCAUCCAGUUUGAAGACUUUGGGAAUCAUAAUGCCUUCAGGUUUUUAAGAAAAUAUCGAGAAAAAUACUGUACUUUCAAUGACGACAUUCAAGGGACGGCUGCAGUUGCUUUGUCGGGUCUUCUCGCGACCCAAAAAGUUAUUAAUAAACCAGUCUCAGAACACAAAAUCUUAUUUCUUGGAGCAGGAGAGGCCGCCCUUGGAAUUGCAAACCUUAUAGUCAUGUCUAUGGUGGAAAGUGGCCUCUCAGAAGAGGAGGCACGGAGGAAGGUCUGGAUGUUCGACAAGAACGGCUUACUAGUUAAGGGGCGGGCUGCUAGCAUAGAUAGUAACCAGGAACCGUUUGCUCACUGUGUCCCUGGGAACAUACCUGGAACUUUUGAAGAUGCAGUAAAUGAACUUAAGCCUUCAGUUAUAAUUGGAGUGGCAGGUGCUGGCCGGCUUUUUACUCCUGGCGUAAUCACGUCCAUGGCCUCUAUCAAUGAAAGGCCUAUAAUAUUUGCAUUAAGUAAUCCCACAGCACAGGCUGAGUGCACAGCUGAAGAAGCAUAUACACUCACAGAGGGCAGGUGUUUGUUUGCCAGUGGCAGCCCGUUUGAGCCAGUGCAGCUCCAGGAUGGACGAGUCUUCACCCCGGGCCAAGGAAACAAUGCGUAUAUUUUCCCAGGUGUGGCUUUAGCAGUUAUUCUCUGUCAGACCCGGCACAUCAGUGACAGUGUUUUCUUGGAAGCUGCAAAGGCACUGACAAGUCAGUUGACCGAUGCAGAGUUAGCCCAAGGGAGGCUGUACCCAUCACUUGCUAACAUCCAGGAAGUUUCUGUUAACAUCGCUAUUAAAGUUGCAGAAUACCUGUAUGCUAACAAAAUGGCUUUCCGAUACCCAGAGCCUGAGGACAAGGCCAAGUACGUUAAAGAAAGAAUAUGGCGGAGUGAUUAUGUUUCCCUGCUCCCGGACGUGUACGAUUGGCCGGAGUCUUCACUGAAGCCUCCUCAGAUGUCUGAAUAGAAACUGCCCCAUUAAGACAUUCCGUGCUUCAGAGAACCACUAUUUUCAGACAAAAAGAUAAUCUUCUCAGAGUUGAGUGUCGCCUGUGCUUUAUUCCUCCACACCACUUGCUUGGCAUCUCUUUCUGUGAAUCUCUCUCCUUGGGGACAGACGUGUUGACUAUACUGCUGAUGCCCACCAGUGCCCACAGUCCAGUACUGAGACCGCGUCAGUCCUGACGGUUGUCGCCAUUGUGCCCUUGUUGGAGCCGGCCACAGUCACCUUGCUGUUACAUGAAUGUAUCCUCCACCUCCACUCAGCUCUUCCAGGGCUGUGGAUCUGGGUACAGAGUAUUGAGAAGAAGCCAAAAUUUACCUAAUUCCAAAGAAAACUUGUCAGUACUUAGAACUGUUCUUUUAUAUGUUUUCACUUUCAUUUUACUUUCGUGCUCUGAAGUCCAUUUGUAGUAUACAGAUCUGGGGAAAUACGAAGAAAUCUCCCCAAUUUCCUGGAACUAAAUCCAGGCUAACUAACAUUAUAGACGAGUGGGAGGAGCCAGUGCUGCCUUUAGACGAGCUGAAGAGUCGCUUGCAACACUGUACAAAAAUAAAUACUACUUAUUUAAUAAAAGUAAUACCUUAUA